GUGGGGUUCGCCUAAAGCUGGGAUCUGCGAGACAUGGAGCUUGUUUGGAGCACUUUACGCCGCGCCGGGGCCCUCUGAUCGCCGGGCGGCGGCAACAGCAGCAGGAGCAACAGCAACGUGUUCGCGGGAUCCCACCGCGCUCGCUCUCUUUUUCCGUCCCAGAAAAGCCCCAAAGCCACGGGGGAUCCGGCUCGGUGGCUGGCGAGAGAGGAGGGGGGAGGGAAGGAAGGAAGGAAGGAAGCGAGAGAAAGGAGGGAGAGAAAGCGGGGCAAAGCCGAUCCCUGGUCGGAGGCUGUGCCGCCUCGCCGCACGAGGGGUGUCCGAAGCAUCGGGAGAUGACUUGUCGCCAGGAUCCGGUCUAAGCAGCCCAGGAGGAGGCGGUCUUCUCCUUUCUCGCCCUCCGUGCGUGCCUUCUCGUUUUUGUGCCAGCUUUGGCCCCCGAUCCCAGAGGAGACGACCGGACUGGGCUGGCCUUGGAGAGCGCAGGGGGCGAUUGGCAAGCGGCUGCGUCGAUCUCGGCAAGCAACUUGGGGGCGUGUGUGGCUUGAUUUCCUCUGGUGGAUAUUGCACUCCCCCUUUAGCCCUUUCCAGGACCCGUAAUUUUAUUUUUUUAAAGGGCCGCGCUUUUUUUUGCCAGCGGAUCCGAUUGAUGCUACUAGCGUGGGGGGUUCUUCGCUUAUCAAUCCGCACCUUCGGCGUCGCUUCGUCUUUGUUUGAAUCGCCAACCAGGCAACCUAAGGAACUCUCUCCCCGAUGGCCGGGAAACUGCAGAAGGGCUGGUUUGGGGGCUGGUGGACUACCGGAGUUUGCUUGACGGCGCUUUCCUACGUCCCAGGCCUCUGGGCUCAGACGGUGCUUGUCAACGACACGGUCUCGGGGUACAUUGGGACUGACGUGAACCUGCACUGCACCUUGACCAACCCCAGCCUCGGCAUGAAGAUCACCCAGGUCACCUGGCAGAAGGCCACCAAUGGCUCCAAGCAGAACGUGGCCAUCUCCAACCCCGUCAUGGGCAUCUCCAUCCUGCCCCCGUACAAGGACCGGAUGGUCUUUCGAAACACCUCCGCCCAGGAUGGGACCAUCCGGCUGUCACGCCUCAAGCUGGAGGAUGAAGGCGUUUACAUCUGCGAGUUUGCGACAUUUCCCGAUGGCAAUCGGGAGAAUCAGCUCAACCUCACUGUGUUGGCCAAACCGACAAACCGGAUGGAGGCCACCACGAGCCUGCUCAUUGCCAAGGCCGGUAUGACGGAGAAGAUUGUGGUCGCCACCUGCACAUCCUCCAACGGGAAGCCCCCCAGCACCGUGUCCUGGGAAACCAAGCUGAAAGGGGUGGCGGAAUACCAAGAGAUCCGUAACCCCAAUGGCACCUUCACCGUGGUCAGCCAGUACCGACUUUUGCCCAGCCGGGAGGCCCAUCGGCAGCAUCUGACGUGUGUGGUCAACUACCAACUGGACCGCUUCACUGACAGCAUGAUCCUCAAUGUGCUGUACGAGCCCGAAGUGAGGAUUGAUGGCUUUGAUGGCAACUGGUACCUCAACCGGAAAGAUGUGAAGCUGACUUGUAUCUCCGAUGCCAACCCUCCUGCCACCUCGUACCAGUGGAAGCUGGUCCCAUUGCCUAACGUAGGUAGGAAUAGACUGAACGGAUCGCUUCCCGACAACGUGGAGGUUCAGAACAGCACGUUGUUCUUCAAGGGGCCGGUCACCUACAGCCUGGCAGGGACGUACGUCUGCGAGGCCACCAACACCAUCGGGACGCGGUCUGGCCAGGUGGAAGUUAACGUGACAGAAUUCCCCUACACCCCGUCUCCACCGGGCACAUCCGUGGCGCAGUCGACCAUCCCCACCGCUGUGAUUGGGGGCGUGGUGGGCGGAGUCUCCCUGGUCGUGGUGCUGGCCGUGGUGGUUUUUGUCGUGCUCCGCCACCGGCGCCACACCUUCAAGGGCGACUACAGCACCAAGAAGCACGUCUACGGCAACGGCUACAGCAAGGCCGGCAUCCCCCAGCACCACCCUCCCAUGGCGCAGAACCUCCAGUACCCCGACGACUCGGAUGACGAGAAGAAGGCCGGCCCGCUGGGGGGGCACAGCUACGAGGACGAGGAGGAGGACGGCGCCGGAGGGGACCGCAAGCUGGGCGGGGGACCCCCCGGCAAGUACGAAGACGACUCCAAGCGGCCUUACUUCACGGUGGACGAGGGCGAGGCCCGCUCGGAGGCCUACGACGAGAGGACACUCGGUUUCCAGUACGACCCCGAGCAGCUGGACAUAGCCGAUAACAUGGUCUCUCAGAACGACGGGUCAUUUAUUUCCAAAAAGGAGUGGUAUGUUUAGCUCGCUCCGGCCGCACACCCCUUCUCUUGCCUCCUCGCACUCGCCACGCGCUGCCUCCGAGCCCCAGGGCCAACAGCUGUCACGCACAGCCCCUGCGUGCCCUCUUCAUGCACGAGCCCAUGCGCACGCACACAUAACACACAAAAACACAUCGACCUGGGCAGGGCGCAUAGUGUGACAGAGACUCUCUGUUUUUUUUUUUUUCCGUUUAAUGAACUGCUGCUGGUUCAGAGGCAACCAGGACAAGGCGAGGCAGGAGGGGGCUGGUCGUUCGUUUUAUCCAUUUUUGCUUUCGUUGUGGGGGGG